GAAACCUGUUACUUAAGGAUGGCUGAAGAUGGACGUGUAUUGCCACGAUGGCUCAAAUUCCUUGACAAUACAAACGGUAUCGUCACAACCCUUACAGCCUGCUUCAUCCUCUAUACACGGUCCUCUGGUGUCAUAUAUUUUGCCAGCGGAGCCGUCUCCUGUUCUCUGACUGUCAAGCUCAUCAAAAAGGCUAUCCGACAGCCUCGGCCACCACCGAUGACAGCUGCGAAGAAAAAGGUUACCUACGGGAUGCCAAGUACCCAUUCCGCGACGAUUACUUUCUUUGCAGAGUAUAUAAGUCUGGCCUGUGCCUAUCUCCCCAUCCAUCCGAGUCUUCCUUCUACGUGGAUGGCGCGGAUACUUCCUCCCAUCAUCAUCCUUCCUUGGGCCGCCAUGAUUGUCAUGUCACGAAUUUGGCUGGGCCAUCAUACGUGGCCACAGGUGGUCGCUGGCUGCUCAUACGGAGUGAUGUUUUCAUAUACAUGGUAUCUCAUGUGGGUGGGUGGCCUGAAUGAAUGUGGUAAUUGGGCAACCCAGACGUUUCCAUAUAUUCUGCAGUAAUAAUAAGUUAUUUACAAUUAUUUAAGUUAGGACAGGGACAAUCCUAUUAUAG